AUGUCACCCACAGCCCCAACCACAGCCCAACCAACGAUUCAAAUCCUCCCCGGCUACCGCCCCGGAAUCCUAGGCCGCACACUCGAGAUGCACAUGGAUUUCUACUCCUCCUUCGCCGGAUGGGGUCCCUCCUCCGAAGCCGGGAUCGCCUCUGGCCUUGUCCCGUUCCUUAAACGGUUGGGCGGCGACGACGUCGCCAAGGGCCCUCAGAAAUCCAACAACAAAGAGGGGCAGGAGGAUGCCGUUGCCACCACUGAUGGUGGUGAGGUCGUGAUGAAACUGCCGCAUGGGAGAAGCCAAGUAUGGUCCGCCGUUCAAGUUCGAGAAGACCAAGAAAACCAAAAAGAUCGGAUAGUAGGCGUCGUUUACGUCGAUGGCGAUUUCUACCGCUCUGGUGAGCGUAAAGAGGAGGGAGGGGAAGAGGUGUGUCGGCUUCGGUUUUAUAUUGUUGAUGAGGAAGCUCGUGGGCUGGGCGUUGGAGGGAAGCUUUUUGCCGCGGCGAUGGGGUUUGUGAGGGAUGCGGGGUUCCGAGAGUGCAGGUUGUCGACGUGGAGGCAGUUGGAAACGGCGAGAAGGUUGUAUGAGCGUGAGGGCUUCGUGGUGGCGGAGGAGGAGAUUCAGGAGUAUACCAGGGAGGAUGAUGGGAGGCAGCAGGUUCUUCAGUGGAUGAACUAUGUUUGGCGGAGGGAUUCUGGUGAUUCGGAGAAAAGGCGGGCGGACAUCGGGACAGAAGCGGUCGUUCAUUGA